AUGGAUGAAACGCGUACGAUAUCGCAAAUUGUAAAAAGCAAAAAUAAGUUGAUGGAAGUGUCAAAUAAGGAUAUAAAUUUAAAAGAAUGCAAUUUAGAAGAACGAAUAAACAUUGACGAGUCAUUAUGGGAUCAAAAUACUUAUAUUGGAAGAUGGAAACAAAUGGCUUUCAUUAGCGAUUUCCGAACUAUUUUUGUACCGAAACAAAAAUUAUUUCAAGCUAAACAACUUUGUCACGAUUAUGCAUCUACAGCUGCUCUCUUAAGCUUGCAAAUAAUUAAUCAGGCAUUUACUACUAUCGUUAACUAUACAAACAGAAAUAUAAAAGAUAAAGAGAUAAACGAAUCUGAAAAUGAUACCAUAGUAGAAGAAGCCUUUUUGUGCAGCAGUGCUGCUAGCUGCAUGACGGUUCUUGGAUUGAAGAAAAUGUUUGUCUGCAAAGGACCAAUAUUCACGCGACUGAUUCCAUUGGGAGGAUUAACGAUUGGAAAUUUGGUUAAUUUUGCUGUUAUACGACGAAAAGAAAUUAGCAAAGGAAUUCCUAUAUGGGUUGUUCAUGAAGAUCAUUUAAUGAAUUCAAAAGUUGCUGCAAUUAAAGCAGCCUCUGAAUGCUUUUUUACUAGAACGUUAACUGUAACUCCAACAAUGAUUAUGAUUCCAAUUGCAGCAGAAUAUAUAAAAGCAACGUGUUUAUAUUAUCGUCGUCCAUGGAUCUUAUUUCCGAUCAAGCUGAGCUUAUGUCUUGUUUCAUUGUUAGUGAUGAUUCCCUCGGCACUGGCAUUAUUUCCACUGUGCAAUUCUAUGAGGCCAGAUUUAAUGAAGAUAUAUCCAUUAGAGUAUAAUGAAUUUAAAGAAAAAAUUGAAAAGGAAGAGUUGCCGGAUAGAGUUUACUAUAAAAAAGGAUUGUAA